AUGGGAAUCUUUGCAAAACUUAGUAUUUACGAAUGUCUGAUUCUGCUUGGUGUAUAUUCCUUUGGUCUUUUGAUAUUUAUGAAUGGCCUUCUACCAAAUGAUAAAUCUACAAACGUCAGUAAAACUGAGCCCAUCGAAGAAACAUAUAAGAUUGAUAAACUUGUAAUGGUCGUGAUCGAUGCACUAAGAGUGGAUUUCUUAUUUUCACCACAGUACUCAAAACACUGGGUCAAACUUCGCUCUUAUAUGAAUCUUCAGUCGGCUACAUGUUCCGCUUCAAUUGUUCAACCUCCUACUGUGACGUUACCGCGAAUAAAGGCAAUCGUUUCUGGGAGAACUCCGAAGUUCGUCGACGUUUUGCAUAACGUAAAUGCAGAAGCAAUGCUUGAUGAUAACUGGGUAACUCGUAUGGCAAAUCGUCAAUGGAAACUUCAUUUUUAUGGGGACGAUACUUGGAUAAAACUUUUCCCCAAAAGUUUUCAGGAAUACGAAGGAACGAAUUCAUUCUAUGUUAAUGAUUUUUACGAAGUAGAUAUAAAUGUAACACGCCAUAUUUCUACAUUAAUGACUACACUUGAUAAAUGGGAUGGUCUUAUUUUGCAUUACUUGGGAUUAGAUCAUAUCGGGCACAUUGAAGGACCUAAUGGAUCUAGCAUCCCCCAGAAAAUUAAAGAAAUGGAUGAAGUUAUCUACAGCAUACUUAAAAUGCUGACAAACUCCUCAUCAAUCGGCAAUAAAAAUUGGUUAUUUAUUUUAACAGGUGAUCAUGGAAUGAGUGAUAUGGGCAGUCAUGGUGGUUCUACAAGUGGUGAGAAAACUACUGGUCUCUUUAUGCUUGGAUCUAAUUGGCAUAAAAAAAAUAAUCAUUCAACAAAGAACACAUGUUUAACCACAGAUCUACAAAAGUUACCACAAACACAACAAGUUGAUUUAGCCACAUUAAUUGGGUUAAUUACAGGAGUUGGUAUACCAGUGAAAAGUUUAGGCAUUUUACCAUCUACAUGGUUGUAUAAUAUUUGGUCGACAAAUGAAGAUCGAUUAAAAGUAUUAUACACAUUAAUACAACACAUUGGUUAUUUAUCUGGUGAAUGUGUAUUUUCAUCGACAUCGUAUCAUACAUUAACGUAUAAAAAUUGUAUAUCAAAUAUAUGGAGUAAAGAACGGACAACAAACUAUAAUAGUUUGUCAAAUAAAAUUACCACUUGGUUACACUGUCAAAAGAAUCAAGAAAAUUCAACUGAUGAAUUCAAACAAAUCGACUGUGUAAAAUCAGGUUCUCAUUUAAUAGGUGAAGAACUAAUCGAUAAUGCAAUUAAACUACUUAAUGAGAUACAGUCAGAAUCUUUGGCAAGAAUUGAACAUUUAAAUAGUAAACAAAUGAUAUUCGGUGGUAUUCUAAUGUGGAUUGUUACUUUGUUACUGUUUCACAAGAUCGUCAAUUUGGUAAUUUUCCCGUCGGAUGAUAAAAGUUCUUUGUCAAAUAAGAAAAAUCAAAAAACAAUUAUUCAAUAUUAUUAUUCGGAUACAGCCAACUUGAAUUAUUCAUUCGAUCCAUUAUUAGUUCAAAUUAUAUGUUGGUUUGGUACAGCUUGUUUAAUUCUGCAUUCAAUCAGUUUAGCAUCAAGCAGUUGGGCUGAAGAAGAGCAUCAAUUGUGGUAUUAUUUUAGUUCAAGUCUUAUAUUAUUAACUAGUUUGCUAGUUCUACUUGGAAAUGUUAGUUCAACUGUAAAGUGGAUCAUUUUAAAAACUAUUAUUAAAAUACUUUUGCUAGAUCGUUUUUUAUUGCGUAGACUACAUCAAACUGGUAAUAAAUGGUUACACUUACCGGACAUAUCUGACUGGUUAUAUAAGUCUGAACAUGUUGCAAUUUUAUGGACUUGUUUAUUGAUUUGGUGGAUUAUAUUUCUGUUAUUUCGUUUUAAAGCAAUCAUUUACCUACGUCCUAAUUGCUCGUUAUGGGAAAAAUGCAAAUAUUAUGCUCCAGUGAUCAGUGGAGUUUUUCUAGUUUUCAACCAAUUGUUGUACAGAAUUGAAGUAUCUGAAUACGAAUAUGACGAUGCAAUACAUUCAGCUCGAAUUGUUUAUUUACUAUGCCUAGUAGAUGCAUUUCUUUUAUAUAAAUCAAGAAGUAUACGUUUAAAUAAAAAUGCUAAUCGUUUAUUUGGUCAAACAGCAACGAAUGCAUCAGAAACAUUUUGGGAUUCAUUAAUUCACCCAUUAUCUACAUUAAAUAUACUUAUGUGUUUACUUGGUAAACCUGUGAUUACAAUUUUAUGGCUUGGUAUAUGGAUUAAAGAAGCAUUAACAUCUCAAACGAUACAAUUAAUAUUUCAUUAUUCCGGUAUGCAUUCAUCACAUAACGCAUUUCGUUAUAUUCUACCACUGUGUUCAUGGCUUAUCUACUGGACUCAAGGUUGGGUGAGCUUUUUUCAACAAGGGAAUUCCUUGAGUUUAUCGACUAUCGAUCUCUCUGCUGCAUAUGUUGGUCUUAGAUAUCAUCAACCAAUAAUAGCCGGUCUACUUUUAGCCUUUUACACUUACUCUGGACCAUUAAUCUGGCAAUUAGCCUAUUUUUGUCGAUUCGUUCUAUCCAGAUAUAAACAUUUCGGUGAAAAGUUUAAUUGCCUUGUUUUAGGCUUUAUAGUAUUACCUAUUACAUUAUGUGCUACAUUUUGUUUCUUUCUACAAUCACAUCUAUUUAUUUGGACAGUUUUUACACCAAAAAUGUUAUAUUCUGCUGUAUUCUACUUAACUAUGAUUCCUGUUUUAUGUUUUUGGUCUGUGAUAACCCCAUAA